UUCAAAUGAGCCGAAACAAUUAAGGACCUUCUAUUUCAACUCUAGUUCCAAUCCUAUAAAGACAAUGCCCAACUGGAAGAGUCACAUUAAACGAUAUGUAUAUUGGGGAUAUGGGAGCAAAAUUAGUGGCUGACACAAUCAAAAAUUAUCCAAAUAUUGGAAUUCUGGAUCUCAAAGGUAAUAACAUUAGUCCCAAUGGAUUUAUUGAAAUAUUUCAAGCACUCAAAACUAAUAUUGUAAAUCUAUUGUAUUUAUUAAGAGUCCUUAAGAACUUUAACUUUAUAAUGGAAUCAACUUUGUGCAAACAAUAAUCUAAAGGCUCUUGAAUUACUGUAUCAAGUCAUGUCUAUUAACAAAUCAAUUACUCAUAUUGAUAUACAAAACAAUAGAUUGAACACAACAUGUGCAGGAUUGCUUGCAAAUAUUAUUCGAAAUAAUCCCUAAUUGAGAACAUUGGAUCUUAGAUGGAAUGAAUUAGGAAAUUAAGGAGUCAGAAUGUUGAUCCCAGCUGCUGCAGCUAAUGGAUACAUUUUAUCCAUUGAAAUUCAAGGGAAUGGAGCCACAGAAGAUUCAAUACGAGAAUUGAAUUCAGUCCUAAAAUAAAACAAAGACAAUGUGAAUAUGGCUGGCAUGCAAGACCCAGGCAAAAAUUAAGGAAGAUAUCAGCCUGGAUAGAGAUAGCCACUUAAGGAAAUGGCAUAACAUUUAGAGGAAGAAAGAAGAGCUGUUGCUAAACAUUUGGAAAAGUUGAUUGAAAGAGAGAGAGCCUUAGGGUUGUAAUUAAAAGAAGAAUAUGAAGAGAAGACCUUACAAUGGAGAUAAAAGCUUUUGGGAAAUUAAGCUAAAUAAGAUUAGUUAGAAAGAAAUGCAGGUGAAUUAUAGAAUCAUAAAAAUAUAUUAAAAAAUGAGAUUCAAAAAUGGGACAAUAAUAUCAAAUAAAUUUAAUAAUAAAGAUCAUUUACCACAAAAGCUUUAGAGGAGAGAUUUUAAGAAUCAGAAAAAAAUAUUAGGGAUCUUGAAAAGAAACAAUAAGAAGAAUUGGCAGAAUAAUAAAGAGCUCAUUUCUUCAAUCUUAGAUAAAUCGAUAAUGAUUGGGGUGAAAAAUGUGAUUAAAUGAUGGAUGAAAAUAGAAAGUUGGAUGAUCACAUCUAAAUUUAAUCAGAACAAUGUAAUAAGGUUAAAGAUGACAUUGCUAAAUUUAAUUCAACAAGUUAGAUUUAAACUAUGGAAGUUAUUGAAAAAGUUAAGAAAUUGGUUUUAGAAGAAUUUAAAGAAAAAUUAAACUAAAUGGAAAAAUAAGUAGAAAGAAUAGACUAAGAUAGACUAAAAAUUAUUAGAGAUAGUUAAUAAUGUAUUUUAGAAGCUCAAAAAGAACUUAGAUAAAUAACAGAAUAAUAUUCUGACAUGUUGAAAGACAAGGUUAGAAUGGAAUUAGAAAAUAGAAAUCUCUCUGUAGAUAAUUAUCAAUUGGAAUAAUUUUCAUCAACCGUAACUUAAGAUUUAGUUUAUAGAAAAGAUCUAGAGAAAAAAGUUCUUGAAUAGUUAACUAAAAUCAAAGAAAAGGAAUUUAAAAUAAAUAACCAUGAAGUUGAAUAGAUGAAUAAAAUUAAUAAUAACUUUAAAAAUGAUACAACUUAUCACUCUAAGUUUAAGGAAGUAAUAAAUUAAUUAAUUAUUUUAGGAUAGCAGACAUAGGGAAGAAGCUUUGGACAAAACAUUAAGAGAAAGUGAUAUUGAAAAUCAUAAAUUAGCUAAAGAUAUAAAUAAAUUAACAGAGCUACUUUCAGCUAGAACAAUAAAAGCAGUUUUAUCAACAUUUCAAGAACAUAAAGUUUUUUGA